AUGCUCGCGCCUGACGGAGGGAGCCCAGCGUCAGUUGAGUCCGCAGCCCUGCCAGAGCGCAGCCGGACUGGUGCGCAGCCCGAGCCGAGGGCAGGCAGCUCCCCCGAAAGGGACGAGCACAGAACGAACCAUCAGGGGGCCGCGUUCACUGGGUCAGUCAUGGGUGGAAGCAAGGGCAAAGCGCCCCGACGCCGGGCGAGACCACAGAAGCCGAGCUCAGCCGAACAGGAAUCCGAGUCCGGGGACCCCGGGCCCGGCCCGCAAAAAGCCCGCCAAGCGACGUUGGUCACGGAGCCCGACAGCGAGGAGGACAAACGGACCACUGGUGGCAGCAAAAAGCCCAUCGCCAAGGGUACCAGAAGCUGCAGGUCUGGAGGUGGGCCGCCACCACACGCCCAGAAGAGGCGAGAUAGCACGUGGUGUCAGGGACCCCGGCCCACGCAGGGCUGCGCGCCCGGGAACAGCCUUGGGGCGCGCCCCGGAGACGAGAGAGGACAGGGCCGCAGAGCGCCGGCUCGGAGGGGUCGCAGCGGGGCCUCCUCCGGCGCGGACGGGGGCAGCUCGUGCCCGGACAGCGAAGCCCGCGAGGCGUCGGAGCCAGUGGACACGGGCGCGGAAGGGACCGCGAUCGGGCCAGAGCCGGCCCUGGAGCCUGGUGAGCGCCAGAGCAACGACAAAGCCCGCACCGGGGCGUCGGGAACUGGGGCCGAGGGGCCGCGCGAGGAUUCGGGCUCGGGGACGCACCCGGGCCUGGGCGCCGCCGAGCGCAGCGCCAGCCCGGUUCCCUGCACCCGCGAGGCGGCGCCGAGCGGGAACGACGCGGACUCCCCCGCCCUAGACGACUCCGGGUCGCAGCCAAGAGCUGCGGCCGAAAAGGCGGGAGCCUCGACUGCUGAGGCACAGCGCCGCCCCGUCGGAAAGGAGGUGGGGAAGGCGCAGGCGGCGGCUGAGGGCCAGGCGGGGUCAGAGCGGGAGCAGUGCCGGGGGACCUCGUGGUGCACCGCAGGGCCCGCGCGGAGCCUGCACCAGGCUCCUCUCCCCGGGCAGUGGAUCCCAGGGGCGCGGUUCCUCCGAGUAGUGCAUGCCCCGGGGCUCCUGCGGUGGCUGAGGCGGCGGCUGCGACCGCCUGCGGGUUUAGCCGAGUUCGGGGCACCGCCUAGGGCGCCCUCUAGCGGCGACUUGAGCCCUUCGCAGUCCCGGAGCAGCCCUGGCCGGGACGAAUCUGGUGACCACGAGGACCCGACUCGCGAUCCCAAGUUCGCGGUGGUGUUUCCCGGGAUCCACAGGGCGGGGAGGGCGUCGAGCAUCCGGAGCUCAGAAGAAGCGUCCUCGGACGCCCCCAGCGCGGAGGGCUGCGUGUGGCCUCGUGCAGGGGUUGGAGGGGACACUGAGGGCCGCAGGAUGAGUGGGCAGGGGAUCCUCGGGUCCUGCCGCGCCUCUUUGGUCUCCUCUACUCCACCCGACGAAGCUCUGCUAGAGAAAGGCUUCAGUACCGAAGCAGAGCCGGAGAUUUCGGAGGCCGCGACCCCCAGGCACUGGGCACUGGGUUCAGUCUCUGAGGACCCUGGAACGGCCUCCGACGAGCUGCUACCCCGACUCGCCCUGGAGAACCGCCUGCAGCGCGAGAGGAGCUCCUGCGGGCCUCCCAGCGGGAAGUGGGAGCCAGAGGACGAGGCCGAGGCAGCGCUGGAGAAGGAGUUGGAGCGCAGCCUUGGGCCUGACCUGGAAUCGCAGUCCUUCCCGGGUGCGGGUGCAGAGGACAGGAGACUUGGAGAGGAUCUAGAAGACACAGGACCUGACCUAGCUGCGGUGAGCGGGCGCGAUUCUUCACGUGAGGCGUGGAAAGUCAGGCUGGUGUGUGACAGCUCCGUGCUGUUGUGCCUCAAGAAGAGGUUUCACCUCGGCCGCAUCUACACUUUUGGAGGGGCCCUCCUGCUUGCAUUGAACCCCUACCAGCCCCUGCCUCUCUUCUCACCUGAGGUGUUGGCCAGCUACCACCCGGGGAAGACCCCCAACACCACCCCAUACCUGUCUUUCUCCUUCUCUGGACACAUCUUUGCUGUCAUGGCAGCAGCCCACGGCCUGUCUCAGAGCCCAGGCCAGCACCCCUGCAUCCUCCUGGGGGGACGCAGUGGCUCAGGGAAGACAGAAGCUAUGGAGAAGAUCCUGCAGUUCCUAAGCAGCCUGGAGCAGGGACAGACAGGGGAAAGAAGGUGCCAGCUGAGUGACCUGCUGCCAGUACUCAGUAGCUUUGGCCACGCCAAGACCAUCCUCAAUGCCAAUGCCAGCAGUUUUGGCCAGGUCUUGUGCCUCUAUCUGCAGCAUGGGCUCAUCACAGGAGCCUCUGUGUCACAUUAUCUGCUCGAGACUUCCAGAGUGGUGUUUCAGGGCCGGGCUUGCAGGCUCCAGGGCAAGGACGACGCCCACGACUUCGCAAGGCUACUGAGGGCCCUGCAGGUUCUGGGCUUGAGCCCCGAAGAGUUGACCACAGUCUGGGCCUUGCUGGCUAGUGUUCUGCAGCUGGGCAACAUCUGCUUCUCUUCUUCAGAGCAGGAGUCCCAGGAGGUGGCCACAGUGUCCAGCUGGGCCGAGAUCCACACAUCAGUCUGGCUGCUGCGGGUGUCACCAGAGCACCUAGAAGGGGCUGUCACCCGGAGAGUCGUGGUGAACCCAGGGGUGCUGGGGAGGGAUGCUCUGGCCAAGGCCCUGUACUCGAGGCUCUUCAGCUGGCUCCUCAGGAGGAUCAACACACGACUGGCACCCCCUGGAGAGGGAGGCAGCAAGGGCACCAUCACUGUGGUGGAUGCCUAUGGCUUUGAGUAUACUGUGAGCCUUGAUGUGCUGGCCUCAGCCGCCGCAGGCUCUGUCUGCAACAACCUGGCCAGCGAGCGCCUGUGGCUCUUCUCCAGCCAGACACUGCAGGCCCAGGAGGAGGCCACGAACCACACGUUUCUCCAGAAGUGUCACUAUCACCACAGUGACCACCCAAGCUACGCCAAGCCCCAGCUACCCCUGCCUGUCUUCACUGUGCGACACUAUGCUGGGACUGUCACCUACCAGGUACCCGGCCUCAGGGAUGGACUCCAGGUGAAUCAGCUCCUGCCCGAGGGGCACCCCGGGGUCUUGGCUCUCCGGGGCUGUGGGACAGGUGGACAGGCUGGGAGAGUGGGGAGCAGUUCAGCCCCAUCUUGCCGGCAGCUGAUCCCAGGCCUCUUCGAUGUGGAACGUGUGGCAGAGCAGCUGCACCAGGCUGGCAUCCUGGAGGCCAUAGACAUCCGCAGAGCCCACUUUCCCAUGUGCGUCCCCUUCCAGGCCUUCCUGGCCAGAUUCUGGGCUCUGGGGACAGAGAGACAAGGCAGUUCCUCUGACCGGGAGAAGUGUGGAGCCAUCCUCAGCAGGGUUCUGGGAGCUGAGUCUCCACUCUGUCACCUUGGGGCUACCCAGGCCCUCCUGCAGGAGCAGGGCCUGUGGCAGCUGGAGCAACUCUGGGCCCAGCACGGCUCCCAGGCCUUGCUCACCCUGCGUCGUCGGGGCCUCCAUGCCUGCAUCUCCCGACAGCAGCUCUGCCUCCUGCUCCAGCUGCAGGCUCGAGUUCGUGGGCUCCAGGCCAGCUGCCGCGCCACCCUGUCAGAUGCUGGUGAUGCGGGAAGGCAGACAGGAGGGAUGCUCAGAAGGCUGGGAGCAGCUGGGGCGCAUGGCACGGCAGGCAGCUGUCCCUCUCGGUCUGCUGUUCCUUUGCAGGGUGUCAGGGCCCCCUGGUGGGGAGCAGCUGCUGGGAGGGUCGUAGUGGGUCCGCUGAGGCCUCAGCUCAUCCUGUGUCUCCCCACAGCUUGGGCAUUGGUGUGGCCAGCGCAGCGGCAGGAUCUCAGAGAGAGUACAGAGCAUGGCCACCAGGACACCCUGGCUGGACUCAUCACUGAGACUCUUCCUCCUGAGGUUCCGGUGCGGCCCCGCCUGACCCUCCCGCCAGACAUUGACCUGUUCCCCUUCUCCAGCUUCAUCUCUCCCAGCUUUCAGGAGCCAUCCCUGCCCAGCCCAGGAUUGCCUCUGACCAAACCACUGACUCAGCUGGUGGGAGAGAACCCUCAGCAUGCCCUGGACAUCAACAAGGUGAUGCUGCGGCUCCUGGGGGAUGGAUUCCUGCAGCCCUGGCAGGAGCAGAUCAUGGGCAUUUACCUGGUAUGGCAGGCACAGCGCCAGCCAGGGCUGCAGGAUGAGCUCUUCAGCCAGCUCGUGGCCCAGCUCUGGCACAACCCAGUUGAACAGCAGAGCCAGCAAGGCAGAGCCCUCAUGGCAAGCAUGUUAUCAGGUGGACGGCGCAUACAGAACAGUAUGGUGGCAUUUUGGUUAAUUUACAACAUUGUGGUCGGUUGUUCCAGGGUGGUCAGCUGUGAGAAACAGAUGCUUUUAGCAAAGGGAUUCACAAGGUAAUUAGGGCAAAUAACGAGGGCAUAGGCGAACACAGAACAAGAUGACAGCACUUUUUGGCUAGAGUAUAACACAAGGGUCAAACAUCUUCCAGUGCUUCAGAACACGUUCCAGAAGAACAAGGGGCUUUGGCCCUGAGUUGGCCAUGUCUGUAAUGCUAAUGCAGGGUAUAAGUGUAUACAAUCUUUUUUUCCCAGGACCAGGAAUCAAACUCAGGAGCUUUCUCUGACCUAUGAAUGAUAUUGAGCUAUCUAGUUAUACAAAAAGGAAAUAGGGCAUCCCUUUUUAUUCCUAUUGAUAAAUGUUCUCUAGAUGUCCCUUGGGUUGAAACUGCUCCAGAGGAGAUGGAUGUCUUCUGGAGAGCAUGGAAAUAGAUCUGGUCAGCCUAUCCACCCUUGGCCUGGUACACAAUCUUAUCUUCCCAGAUAGCUCAUAAACUUUGUUUCCAUUAGGAAUGCUUAAAGAAGGAAGUAUAAAUGUGUACCAAACUACUGCUUUUUGUUUAUUGUAAGCAAAGUUGGGCUAAAGCAUUUUUGUUCUGGGAAAGAGAUUCCCCAGGAAAUAUAGACAACAAAUAAACUUAAGGAACUUUGCCCUGGGCCCUCAGACAAAUUUUCCAAGGCAUUUGUGUUCUCUAACUAUCUAGGUAAUCUUUUCUAGUGGAGGGACAUGGCUAUGUUUUAUUUAAAUUUCUGUAUCUUUGAAGCUCACAGGUUAGAUUUAUAAAUUAGCAUCUAGCAAUCACAUUUUUACCAGUACUUAAAGGCACAGAAGAGAAAAAGGCUAUUUAUUCCUAAUUAACAUAGGUAAGGCACAAAUGUAAAUCCUUUCCUGCUAGUUUCUUGUCAAAUGUAAAAAGCUUUUGCAGAGUGCCUUGGUCUAGUUUUGAGAGAAGUAGUCUUAACUACCUGAAAAGUUUAGGAAACACCUUUAAUUUUCGUAACCUUUAGUUAGGGAACACCAGAAAGAUCCAGGUAGAUAAGGAAGCGUUUUCUGUGGCUGGGGAGCCAGUGCCCACUGAGGAAACCGUGGGUGUCUUGGCCAUGACCCCUCAGUUGUUCUCAGUUUGCAUGGGCCCCACACAACCAGAAAUCAGUCUCCAGAAAGGAAUCCAGCUGCCUGUCUGGUUAGCACUCCAUGGGCCACUGGCUUUAAUGGGGAUUCACCAGAUGGAUGUUGGGGAAAUCUGUCCUCCGUUUUUUGGAGUCCCAUUUGUUAUUCUAGGCAUGUAUAUAUUUUAAGUCUGAACUAGAUUUUAUUUAAGAGAAACAUUUUACAGAAGUAAAAUGCUUAAGCAGGAGGCUCACUAACACCUUUCUCGGGUUUGAGGGAAUGUUCAAGAAGCCAUUUCAGGCCGGGUCUGCACCAUCAGAGCCUUAGAGAGCCUCUCCAAAGACUUUGCAAAUUCAGCACCGAGAGUGACUGAGACUGAUAUCUUCCAGGAGAGACAGACAGAAGGACUCUCCUGAUCAUUUAAAACAACACUGCACAGUUCACUGACAUAAGAAGAACUCAUGUAGCACACUACUAGUUCAUUGCAUCUCAAAAGCUCCCCUGACACAACGGAAUAGCAUCGUCUCAACAGAAGUGAAGUGCAGGCUGAGAUCAUUCAGCAGUGAAGCACGGACUUAGCAUGUGUGUGGCCCUGUCUUCCAUCCACAGCAGCACACACAGAAGCUGGGUAUAGUAUCUGACUGGGAGUGCAGCUCAGUGGUAGAGUACCGAUAGAGUGUAUUCCCAUUACAGCUGUCUGGAGUCAUACCCGCAUGAUCAAUGUGAAACACAAAACUCUCUAGGAGCCCUAGCUCAAUCUUUUGGGGAUUUUUCUUUCAUGGCCCAACUGACAGCCCCACUAGAAAGACCCCAGAGGAAGAAAGGACCUCCACUGUGUAAUGUCCAGGACUGUCUUGCUUAGGGUUACGUGCUCACCCCCACAGCCAUCCCAUCACCAUCUUGGGUAAUAUGCCAGUGCCAUGGCCAAGUCGGGUGGAUUCUGAGACUAUGGCUCUAGUGGGUUUGGGGGACAUGACACUGGGAGGGAAACAGUUUACCCCAGGAAACUGAGAGUAAAACAGUGGAUCAGUCAUCACAGCUAUGAGACAGCAGGAUGUGAAGUCAGCUCAGCCUUCAAGGGUUGUGUGGGUAAGCAGAGAUACCUAGAAGCAAGGGCUAAGGAAGACAAGAUCCACUGAGGCAAGGGAGCGAUCUGCCCAAUCUAAAACCAAAUUAGGAACUUCCUCAGAUGAUAAUGGGCAAAUUUGGGGUGGUCAAGGACAAAUGCAGGCACUAAAUAGUCACCAGAGUGAGCUGUACAGCAUUAACAUGGCAAAAAUCACAACUCAAAGCAAAGACUUAAGAUGGCAACAAGACCAGUGUUAUGAUAAAGCAGAGCAUGGGUGCAGCUAACACUCUGUUUCUGCAUGUGAUGACAGCUGUGACUGGGUCCCUGCCUACUUCAUAGAUGUCAUAAAAGCUAUUCACCUCUGCCCUUCAUUUGAGUCACCCAUAGCUUUCCCCCUUAGCACAUGCUGGGAAGCUGAGGUAGGAGGAUUACGAGUUAGAGCUCAAUAUAGGAAAUAUAGUGACUUACCGAGGCCCUGUCUCAAAAUAAAACAACAAAAAGGGGUUAGGGAUGUAUCUUAGUGAGAAGGCCCUGGGUUUAACUCCAAGUAUCAAAAAAAAAAAGCCUUCUUCCUGUGCAAAGAUGCUCCUAUCUGAUUCUCUGAUAAGGAACAUGAAAUCACACAGAACUGGUGACAGUACUGCCUGAAGAAGGGGGACAGGAUGCCAGAACAUUUGCAGUCACCUGUGACCUGGAUACCAGUGAGAGAGGAGCCACAUCACAAGGUUUUGGCAUUACUGAGGCUCUGUAAUCUUAGGCAACGGCCAGCAGAGGGAGAUGUUGGGGUUUUCUGAGGUCUGUGGAUUCUGCUGCUCACAGACACAAUUUCAGAAGCCAAAUUCCUGCUCAAUGGAGGCCACUGUGUGGGUGGGGUGUGUGGCAGAGAGGGAAGAAAAGCCAAAGCUUCUCCAGUUGCUGUGGCAUCGCCAGCCAGACCAACCGGCCCACCCAUGUCCCUGCUGCAGAUUUACAAUAGUUCGACCUGCUUCAUCUCCACUGGAAUUUUCCCCAGACUUGGGGGAUUUCCUGCUUCUUGCUUGCCAUCUAAGCAGCUGGGCAUUCUGCAAUGUCUCUAGGAAACAUUAACACAAACAAGGACUUAACAGGCACCUGGAAGGUGAGCCCCGGAUAUGUGAGUUGAACAGAGUGCAGAGGGGCCUGAAUUUAAGCUUCAACUUCCAUUCUUGACCCUGUUCAUGUGUGUGUGUGCCUCAGUUUGUACUUGUGUUUCCUCUGUGUAAAAGGGAGCUAAGAAGCAUUUGUCAACAGACUGAUGUGAAAUAAUACAUUCUAGCAAACCUAAAAUGUAUUAUUAUUUUGGCACAGUACCUAAUACAUAAUAACUGCCCAACAAAUAUUACUAUUAUUAUUAUGUUCCCUAAUACAGAUACAUACAUUAUUUACCUA